AUGUCGACGUCAAAUGGAGGGACGGGCACAGGCACAGACGCAAGCACAACCAUCCCCGGAUCUAUCUUCCCCGACGACAUCCCUUCCACCCCAUCCCCCUCCAACAACACAGACUAUACCCCACCCCCAACAUCCUCAGUCUCCAAUAACAACGGAGGAGGGGCACCGACCCAGAUUGAUGUUAACUCGACGACGCAGAUUGUGUUGAUCACGCUUGGGAUUGCGGUUGGGGUGUUGUUCCUUCUGGGCAUUGCAGCGGCGUAUUAUAUCUCGCAUAAGAAUAAGCGGGCUUGUUUGAAGAAGGAGGAGGAGGAGGAUGCAGCAGCAGCUGCUGCUGCAGGUACCGCAGUGAGUAAAGGUGGGGAUCUUGAGAAAGGUAGUGGUAAUGUGGGCGCUGCUAGAGAGGGAGGUGGUAGAGGCGGCGGUGAAUGGGAGGAAGGGGAGGAAGAGGAGGAAGGAGAGGAUUUAACGACGUUGACGAUGCCAGUUGUUAUCGGACGCGAUUUGAAGGACAAGGGGCCCUUUUCCAGUGGAGGUUUCAAUAAUGAAAAAGGACAUGCAGCCAACGGAAACAGAUACUAUUCGGCGUCAGAUGACGAGAGUGCAGGAUUCGGUCAGUCGCGUGGAAGUACACCCGGACCCCUCGAAGCCCUUGGCAACCACAACAAUAUCAACGAUUCACCCAGGACUGCGACAGGGGCAUCAGCACUUGCCGCAAGAUCUCAGAACACUCGCAACUCGUUCAUCGAUGUCGCACAGGUGUAUGCUCAUCGGCAGAGUCUUUAUUACCCCGUCGAUCCUGCUAUUGCGAUGCAGCAGCGGAGGUCGAUGAUUAUGGUGGACAACUCUGGACCUGGAAUGUAUCAGCAGCCGCAGGGAGAAUAUCCGGUUACUCAUCAACAACAACAACAGCAGUUCUCGCAGUAUGAAGGAAAUGGAUAUUUGGGAGAGACAGCAGGGAGCAGUAGUCAUAGUGGCCAAUGGGUUCCCUCGACCCCGACAGACAAUAAUAGCCUGUUGUUGGAUCCCUUCAAGACCAACAACAAUAGUAUGGCGAGUCUUAACCAGAUGCAGGAACAGGAACCAACUCAACCUCCGGCAGUGCCUGCGAUGACGAUGAGGACAGUCUCACCGCCACCCGUUGCGCAACAACAGCAACAACCACUGGUAAUCUCGUACCAACCACCUUUGAAACCCUCGGACCCGUCUCGAAUUACCUCGCGCAGGGGCAGUGCGGUCUACCAUCAGGGGGUGGUCUCGGAUAGGCGGUCUGUUGCCGGAUGGCCGACCGACCCCACAGGUGGAUCAGGAGCAGAUGGAGAGAACUCUUGGCAUCGUAAACGUGCGAGUGUGGUGAUCCCCGAAGGCACGAUUCCAGUUCGCCUCUGGAAAGAAGACGCUGCCGCCAUGGCCACCACAGGAACACCGUCAGAUGACAUGCAACUCCCACGGUCACCGUUGACAUCUGGACCUAUCCCGAGGAUAGGUGUCGUCUCAGAUGACGACGGGUUUUCAAGAGAGGGCAACAUUGGGUACAGACCGUCGGUCAGGAAUGGGGCUGCGGUGUUUGAAGGGUCCAUGCCUCGAAAGCCAACUUCCCGAUCCACUUCGCGUUCUCGACUCGAUGACAGCUCCAUCGACGCAUUGGCCAUCUCAGAAGCACCCACAGUUCCUGCACGGACGACGACACAUCCGGCGACUUACCGUCGGAAAUGGGCUACAGGUCAGAUCGCAGUCGACUCCAACAUCAACACUGCACAGGGCGACAACGACGAUACGGAACAUGUGGUCGUGAGUCUGCCCAGCCCACGUGGAUGUCUCCUCGAGAACGAAUACCCCCACCAUCAGGCUCUCGGCAGUGUCAAUAGUUACAAUCAACAACAAUCAGAUCAGGACAGGUACGAGUUCGGGAUGCGGCCUCUCCCGACCGUCCUCACACACCAACGUGGCGGAUCAACCGUGACUAAGGGUUCCUCCAUUGGAGGAGGCCGACGGAGCACUGAGCUGACGACUGCCAGUUCCGGCACCACUGGAGGAGCCCGGUUCACGUAUCUCGACGAUUACCGUGAGCAGAAGCAGCAGAAAAAACUCCAACAACAGCAGCAACAGCAAGGAGGAGGAGGAGAAAGUGGUGGUGGUGGUGGUGAAGGAGGGUCAGGUGAUUCGGCGAUCAAGGGUGUUCGAAGACGGUCGGCACAAUUCUUGCAGAAUGCGCUCAAACGCACCAGCUUGUACCAGAACAACACCUCCGAGUCGUCGUCGUCUUCUCCUAUAAUGGGGACAUCUUUGAAUUCUGCUGCAAAGUAG